AUGGCAGACCAGCGAAAGGAGCAAGACGAAACGGAGAUCACUGUCGACCAUGAGGAGAAUGUGCAACAGGAACAGCCAGCGGAGGCACUCUGGAGGGAGGUUUUAAAGCAUUGGAGAGUUCUUUUAUGGUGCCUUCUCAUAUUCCUCCUGCCCAUGAACUUUGGUUACGAGAAUGCCAUCGUCGGUAAUCUCCUGGCUAUGCCCCAGUUCCUCGAACGAUUCGGACACCAGGUCAAUGGAACUUGGGUUCUGAGCGCUCGGGAUCAGCAGAUUCUCAAUGGUGCAUUGUCUGUUGGGGUGUUCUGUGCUGCAAUCAUCACAGGCUUCCUGUCCGAUGCCUAUGGUCGGAAAAAGGCCAUGAUGAUUGGCAGUAUUAUCUGUUGUGCUGGUGCUAUGGUCCAACACUAUGCUACAAGCAUCUUGAUGCUUUUUGGUGGGAAAGUUGUCGCAACCCUGGGGUUUGGGAUUGGCCAUUCUGUAGCACCAGUCUUUGUAUCAGAGCUGGCACCGAGCUCAUUGAGAGGAAUCUGCCUUGCGCUCAUUAACACGAUGAUAGUUGGCGGGCAAUGGCUGGCCUCCUUGACGGUAUACGGGUCGACCUUUCGGUCUGAUGCAGAUGCAUGGCGAGUUCCACUAAUCUGUCAGAUCAUUCCACCAGGUAUUGUCUUCUUAGCGGCAGGAACAAUUCUCCCCGAGUCGCCAACCUGGUUCCUCAUAAAGGACCGUCGUGACGAAGCCCGAAAGGCGUUUCAACGAUUUAACGGUCCGCAUUUCGACAGCGGACCCGCCCUUAAUCACACUUUGGCAGCCAUUGUGGUCGAGAAGGAGAAUGCAAGUGGUAAUCACUCUUGGAUCGAGUGCUUCCAGCAGCCCAAUCUACGAAGGACGACAAUUGUUGUCAUGACCUACCUGGCCCAGCAGCUGAUUGGAGUUAACUUCAUUGCUGGCUAUCUCGCCUACUACUAUGCGCUGGCGGGAGUGAAUCACCCUGUUGCCAUUGCUCAGCAAUCAUAUGCAAUCCAGGUCUUUGGCAAUAUGUGCUCAUGGCCCCUGAUUGAGCGUGUUGGCCGGCGCCGACUCAUGGUGGGCGGCUGCAUCAUGAUGACAACCAUGUUACCCGUCAUCGGUGGCAUAAGCAUCCUGAAUACUCCCACAGCACUCAAAGUCACCGUGGCACUCAUGACUGUUUGGGGCUUCCUGUACCAAGCGACUCUGGGCGCAUGUGCAUACGCUAUUGGAGGUGAAAUCCCAAGCCCUGCUGUGCGCCAGAAGACCUACGCCCUCAACAUGGUGGCCACGACAAUAUCAUCCACGGUGGUGUACCAACUCAUGCCGAUCCUGAUUAACUCAGACAAAGCUAAUCUGGGUGGGAAAAUUGCGUUUGUUUUCUUUGCUCCCUCUGUUCCCAUGUGCUUCUAUCUGUUUUUCUGUCUACCAGAGACUAGGGGCCGCAGCUUUGACGAGCUGGAGGAGAUGUUUCAAGCCCGUGUUCCAUCUCGCAAGUUCAAAUCAUAUCAGACCUCGCUCACUCCGGCUGCGGUAUUAGAAGGCAAACUCGAGGGCGAUAUCGGUACUGCGUGA